UGGUUCGACAUCACUCGAUGUGUGUUCGCCAGAGAGUUUUGCCACAAGGCAACGGGGAUUUUGUUAGACUCGUGAAAGUUGCUCCUUAAUCGAACAUAAUCGUCGGUCAACUGUUCCGUUGAUUCAUCCAACUUCAACGCGAGCUACGAAAGGAAAUGCUGCGCCCACUAUUAGUGGCAACCCUAGUGACGCUGGUAUUGGGCAUACCAACGUCCCAGGAUGUCGACAACGCUGCGGUAGAUUCGGAAGCAGAUCUGCUAAAGGCCAAACAAUUUCUGGAAAAGAUCAACAGCGAACACGCGGAAUGGAGCAACAAGUAUACGCUGGCCGACUGGGACUACGCGUCGAAUUUGACUUCAGAAAAUUUAGCAAACAAACUGAAUACAUCCACAGAAGCGGCACAGUACUUCAAAUCCGCCUGGAAGAAAGUGAACGAGUAUCCUUGGAGCGACAUUAAGGACCCAAAUGUCAGACGGCAAUUCAAGAAGUUCAGCGUUUUAGGACGUUCAGCGCUUCCCGAAGAUAGCUACCAAGAAUACGAGAAAAUUGUAAGUGACAUGGAGAACAUCUAUAGCACUGCGAAAAUCUGCGAUUACAAGAACCGAACUAAAUGCGAUCUCGCUUUGGAACCGGAGCUCACGGAGAUUUUGAUGAAGAGCCACGAUCCGGAGGAAUUGAAGUACAUUUGGGUCGAAUGGAGGAAAGCAACUGGCGAAAAGAUGAAACCAUUGUACGAAAGAUACGUUGAACUGAGCAACUUGGCUGCUACAUUAAACAAUUAUUCCGACAACGCGGCUUACUGGCUUAAGGAUUACGAGGCUGAUGACUUCCCCGAGCAAAUUGAGGCACUCUGGCAACAACUGAAACCUCUUUAUUUGCAAUUGCACGCAUACGUUCGCCGAGAACUUCGGAAAAAAUACGGUGAGGAUAUCGUUUCGAAAGAUGGCCCCAUCCCAGCACAUUUAUUGGGCAAUAUGUGGGCGCAAACUUGGGCGAACGUCGCAGAGUUCGCUAUUCCAUAUCCAGGAAAACAAAUGCCAGAUGUCACCAAUGCAAUGAUUAAACAAGGAUACAACGCAACAACUAUUUUCCGUGUUGCUGAAGAUUUCUUCACCUCAAUCAAUCUCACCGCAAUGCCAGAUCUGUUCUGGGAACGAUCGAUAUUAGAAAAGCCAAAGGAUCGCGAACUGAUCUGUCACGCGAGCGCUUGGGACUUCUAUGAUGGCAAGGACUUUAGAAUUAAACAGUGUACCAGAGUUAACAUGGAAGAUCUGUUGACCGCGCAUCACGAGAUGGGUCACGUGGAAUAUUUUUUGCAAUACAAAAAUCAACCCAGCAUUUUCAAGGAGGGUGCGAAUCCUGGAUUCCAUGAAGCUGUUGGCGAUGUUAUAUCGCUUAGCGCAUCUACACCGAGUCACCUGAAAACCAUUAAAUUAUUGGAUGAUGAUUCAACUGACAUGGAGACCAAUAUCAAUCACCUUUUCUUGAAAGGCCUUGAAAAAAUUGUCUUCUUACCAUUUGCAUAUAUGAUGGACAAAUGGCGAUGGAAUGUAUUCCAGGGACGAGUCACACCAGAUAAUUAUAAUUGUAACUGGUGGGAUCUUGCUGAAGAUUUUCAAGGUAUUGAACCACCAGUGGAUCGAUCAGAAGAUGAUUUUGACCCUGGUGCGAAAUAUCAUAUAAUAGCAGAUGUUGAGUAUUUGAGAUAUUUCGUAAGCUUUGUGGUGCAAUUCCAAUUCCAUAAAGCACUUUGUACAGAAGCAAAACAAUAUGAUCCAGAAAAUCCAAAUUCAAAGCUACUACAUGAAUGUGAUAUUUAUAAUAACAAAGCAGCAGGAAACUUAUUAAAGUCCAUGUUGGAACUGGGAGCCUCGAAACCUUGGCAAGAUGCAAUGGAAAAAAUUACAGGCCAGAAAAACAUGGACUCUGCUGGACUCUUGGAAUACUUCAAACCACUGACAGAUUGGCUCACAGAAGAAAACAAAAAAACUAAUGAAUAUAUUGGAUGGAAACCUAGAGAAAGACAAUGUGUACAAACCAGAUCAGAACUUGCAGCUGUUGAAACAACUGAAGCAUUAGAGUAAAAAAUACAUUCUUCUGAAUAGUAUCUCAUUAAAUACUCCAAAAAAAUUAUUUCUCCGUUUUGACAUAAAAGACGCAUCAAAUAAUAGUUUAUGGCAUUAUUUCUUGCAGAAUAAAAGACAAAAAUAUGUAAGUAUCCAGUGAUAAAUAAGUACAUUAUGAAAUCAUAAAUUCUUACUUUUUCCAAAUAAAAAUCACAUUCCAAUUUUA